AUGCAGUAUCCCUUCGUUCUCGUUCUCGUCUUUUCUUACCUGCAGGCUCUUGGCCUCGCCCUGCCGGCUGCGAGCUCGGCCCAAAACGGGAACAACCACCACCACCGGUUCCUCGCCCGCGGCGUCAAACGGCUGGGCGCCAGAUCGCCGCAGAACAACGAUGCCACGCCGCAGGGCCAGACCGGCGCCAGCCAGGGCCAGAACAACACGGCCAGCGGCGGCCGCAACGGCGUCAGCGACGUCCAGGUCAUGAACGCCGUCAUGUCGUGGAUGCAGGACACGGCCAAGGUCACAAAGUUCCUCAACACGGCCACCUCCUUCACCGGCGCCGAGUUCACCAAGCAGGCCACCAUCGCCCUCAACGCCGAGAUCGACGAGCUCAACCACAAGAUGGUGCUCGACGCCGCCUUCCAGGGGACCGACACGGUCGCGCAGGCCAACGCCGUGCUCGACACCCAGGGCAAGUUCCAGCAGGUCGUCGACACGCUACAGUCCAUGGUCACCAACGGCCCGGACACGGCCCAGAAGGACGUCGACUCCAUCAACAAUAACCGCUGCGUCAACGUGCUGCCCAACAUCGACAUGUACUUCGCCGCCGCCGGCGCCCCGCAGGUCCAGGCCGUCCGCCCCACGGGGUGCUUGGAGGUCGAGGGGGCCAAUGUCACCCCCGCCGUGCCCCCGCGGCCGCCUGCGAACGGCGGCGGCGCGAACAACGGCGGUGCCGCAGCGCCCCAAGUGACGCCGCGGCCAGCCGCCCCCAAUGGUAACGGUCAGGGUAACGGCAAUGGAAACGGGAACGGUAAUGGUCAGGCUCAGAACGGAAAUGGGCAGAACAACAACCAGAACCAGAACCAGAACCAGAACCAGAAUGAAGGAAACGGCAACGACAACUCCAACGACAACGCCAAUGGUAACGCCAACGGCAACUCCAACCAGAGCCAGAACCAGAAUCAGGGCAGCAAUGGUCAGAACAUUGGCAAGGGAAUCGGCGGCAACAACCAGAACAACAACAACCAAUUGCAACCUGCUAAGCUGGGCUCCCAGAACUCCAACUCCAACACCAACACCAACUCCAACUCCAACAAUGGCAACGGAAACCGCAACGGCAACGGCAACAACCAGGGUCAAAGACAGCCUCAACAGCAGUCACAGCAGUCGCAGCAGUCUCAAAACCAAGGCCGUCCCCCCUUGCAGCCUGCCCAGCUGGGCUCUCCCAAACCCGCGAACAACUAG